CAUCGUUUAAAGAAGAAGAAUUCUCCGAAGUAUACGACCAUCGACCCCAUUCGGAAACACAACAGGAGCAGACAAGAACAUCGAACAGCGAUGUACAAUGCAGAAACAUUGGUUCGAAUGACCAGAGCUGAGCUUCGAUCAUCGGCACCAGGGCUGGCCAAAUAAGCGGCCAGACAUUUGUGUUCGGAGCUUCACAUGAAAGACGAGGCGUAGCCCUGUAAACAUCGAAGAUGACGGUGGGCGUGGCAGCCCAAUUUAGAAGGCCAGGUUUGAAAAUUCAAAUGUGGAGCUAGUUUCGGACGCAGUAACAUGGUUCGGCACAGAACACCAUGUCGUGGACAGUGUAGCACCAGAAUGCGGUACAGGAUGGGGGUUGGGGUUGGGGGUGGGGCUGGGGGUGGGGUAACGAGAAGUCGCAGACAGAGUGCAGCGGCAGGCUGGCUACAGGAAGGCGAGGCCGCAGGGGCAGAAACAGGCCCGCCAGCCGGUCGCGCCGGCGGGCAAGCGAUGCAUGGGCCAAGUUUAGCAGGGCCGAGAAACUGGCGGGAGUGUGUCCGGAAGCCGGACGUGCAGAGCCAGCGGUGCCCGCUCCCAUGCCAGCAGCGUGGUUAGCACACGCCUACGUGGUUCGUGUGGAGUCGAGGUGGAGCGAACUCUGUGUGGUAAGGGGCUGGGCGGGCAGGAUGCACGGGCCGAGCGGGGCAGGGGCAGGGGCACCGGUAGCGGUAGGUUUGCCCCCAUGCCAUUCUUAUUCUCGACCGUGACAAAUAUCCUCCGAUCAUCGCGUCCCUCGACUCGGUUCCACGUCGCGCCACCACGAGACCGUGCGCAAAACACUAACGUUCCUCCUGCACGCGCCUACCAGUCUCCCUUCGCUUCCUCGACAAACAUUUCGCUAACUUUUCGCUUCACUCACCCUCACCACCCCCGAACACUAUUGGCCCCGCAACUCUAGACGCCCUCCAAACGACGCCAACAACUCUACCGCGCUCGGGACCCGGGAAAUAGCUCCCUUCGCGAAAUUUUCGCCCAGGCCGGUCUCCCCGCCCGCAGCGAAAAGGUUCCUCCCUCCUAGCGAAUAAUUCCAACCCCCAGACCACCGGC